AUGGCACAGUGGGGAGAUAAGAGAACUAUACAGUUCAUUCAUUUGUACAGAGACUACGAAUGUCUUUGGAAGCCGACUAGCCCGCUUUACAAAAACAAAAUAGCACGUGCCAAUGCCUACACCAAAAUACAAGAAGGAUUUAGUAUGACUCAAGAAAAAAUUAAAAAAAAAUCAAAAGUCUGCGAAGUACUUAUCAUCAAGAAAAGAAUAAAGUGGAAAAUUCAAAACGAUCCGGAGCUGGAUCCAGUGAAAUUUAUAAACCCAGUUUGA